CACUGCCCAAAUGCGAGACGAAAACAAGGAUUAUCUCGACACAGCUGAGAAGCUUGGAAACAUUUCCUGAGAACACUUUGCGCACUUCCUCGGAGAUAAAUUGAGCAUGAGAUCAUCGGAGCGUCAUGACAGUUGCAAUAUUUUGAAAACUCAUUAAGGAAACAAUACGGAGAUCAUCUCCAAUCAAUUUACCCAAUCUGCGUGAGAAGUGUCUUGCAACAUCGUGCAAGAUGGCAGAUGCAUCAGAUCAAGAGGUUUCAAGCACAAACAAUAACACCGAAGGAAAUGGACUUUGCAGUGGCUCAGGCAACAAGAACGAUUUUGUUGAAUUUGAUGACAAGUCCAACCUCCCAACAUCAACCACGAGCGAUGACUUGUCAGAAUCUAGUAUGACGUCCAGGGAAAACUUCACUUUAGGAAGUCUCAAGAAAGAUGACAGUGGUAUUGACAUGGAGAAGUCUCCAACUACAAGUGCAAAAGAGAUGUCAGAUGCGGAGUGCAGUGAAUCACUGAAUGACAGUGCUGCUUGUUCACAAAGUGAAUCGGUCAGUGAUGUCAAAUGGGAAGAUGUAAAAGCUAAAUCAGAAGAAACAUCAGAUGUAGGGAUCGAUUCAUCCGAAAGCACAGGUAUGCGUGAUUGUAAUGACACCGAUGAUAGUGAAAAUGUUGCUACCUCUAAUAUGACUGAGUCUCCCGUUACUAGUCCACAUCAUGAUGUCAGUGAUACAUCCACAAAUAUUGUUGCAGAUGACUCCGAAACAAACACGGGAUCCCCUGGCACACGUAAGCGAAGGCAUGAGCGUAGCAAUUCAUCCUCAAGUGACUCUGAGGACAGUGACAAUGAAAAUGCUGACACCGGCAAGAAGAAAGAAUCUGAAUCUGAAAGUGAGGAUGAGAUGGACGUUGAUGACGAUGGCAUCAGACCACGUCAUAAAUGGAGAGCUGUGUCAGACUUGCGUGAUCGAGAGUAUGGUUACACCAAUAGAUCACCUCCAUCCUUAUUUCGUGAGAAGAUUCAGGGUAGUCUUCAAAUGGUACAAAGACUAAAGUUACAGUAUAGGAUGGAAUAUCAUGAGGGAUGCGUCAACGCUUUACACUUCAACAGAAUCGGCACACUGCUGGCGAGUGGGUCUGAUGAUCUCAACAUAGUGCUGUGGAACUGGCUCAGGAAUCGGCCGGCCCUUGUGUAUGACAGUGGCCACAGGAGCAACGUCUUUCAGGCAAAGUUCAUGCCGUAUAGUGGUGACUGUCAUGUUGUCAGCUGUGCACGGGAUGGGCAAGUGAGGCUGGCGGAGUUAUCUCUCACUGGUGUGUGCAAGGGCACCAAGAAGCUGGCCCAACACAAGGGGGCAGCACACAAGCUGGCCCUGGAGUUCGACUCGCCUCACCUGUUUCUCAGCUGUGGGGAGGAUGCGAUGACGUACGAGAUGGAUCUCCGACAGGACAAGCCUAACAAACUGAUAACAACCAAAGAAAAUGACCGGAAGGUAGCUCUGUACUCCAUCCACUCCAACCCACGCAACUCUUUCGAGUUCUGUGUGGGAGGUCGGGAUCACUACAUCAGAGUCUAUGACAAGAGAAGGAUUGCAGAGGAUGUCAAUGGCGGAGUGCUGAAGAAAUUUUGCCCUCAUCAUCUGUUGGACAGUGAUGUGAAGGCCAACGUGACCUGUGCCUGCUACAACUACAAUGGAACAGAGGUGCUGGGGACAUACAAUGAUGAGGACAUCUACCUGUUCAACAACUUCCACUCCGACGGGGCAGAGUUCACACAGAGGUACCGCGGUCAUCGCAAUAACGCUACAGUGAAGGGAGUGAACUUCUAUGGGCCUAAGAGUGAGUACAUCGUGAGCGGCAGUGACUGCGGCCAUGUGUUUCUGUGGGACAAGGAGACGGCCAAGAUCGUCAACUUCAUGGAAGGCGAUGAAGGAGGUGUGAUCAACGUGCUGGAGCCCCAUCCCUUCGCACCGAUCCUGGCUACGAGUGGGUUAGACCAUGAUGUCAAGAUCUGGGCACCCACAGCGGAGGAACCAACCCGACUGAAGGGACUGAGGAAGGCAGUGAAGCGGAACUGUAAAGAGAGAGAUGAGGAGAGAACGCAAGAGCCGGAGAUGAUCGAUGGGCAGAUGCUGUGGUUUAUCAUGCACCACUUCCGGCGCUCAGCCAGGAGGAGGUUGCGUCAAGAAGGGGAAGAGGUGUCGAGUUCCAGCGAAAACAGCGACUCUGAUUCUGAUGAGGAAGAGGCUGAGGACCCUGAAAGACUACAAUGUACCCCGUCCUAGUCAUGUGAUGGUCAUGUGACACGCAUGUUGUCAAAUGCAUAAGAUGUUCUAGCCACGUCACAUGACAUGGAUUAUGUGACAGUCACAUGGCAUCAGAUGGUCAUGUGACUUGAAAUCCUAGCUGUGUUGCAGUUACUUGUUGCAUGUGUGACCACUGCCAGUUUGCAUUACAAAUAAGACAUUGUUGGGAUGAUCAUGACACCACAAGGCAUUUAAUGCUAUCAGUGCAUCACCAUUAUAACACAUGGCAGUACAGCAUUGAAGAAACGCCCUCACUUUAAGGCAGGUGGAGGAACUUGAAAAUAGCAAGUUUCAGGAAUCUGCAGAAUUCGGAAAACAUUUUGGAAGAAUCAGUUAUGAAAUUUAUUAAGAUCCGAGAACGUUACCUUCAAAUUAUAGCUUUGUUUACGAUGAGAUAAUGUCACCAUAUUGAAUUAACUAAACAGUCUUUUUCUGUGAAUAUUGUAAAAACAGUUGAGUUCAGAAGAUCAGUUUAGCCUAUGUAUAUGUGAGGUAUAGUGGUGUGAAUAUCUCUGCUCACAACCCUGCUAGCUUGUGUGUAGUGUGUUUCAAGGAAGUAAGCAGUUGAUACGUAUCACCGGUACUGAACUUACAAGGAGGGAAGAGCUGCUUUCACUUCAAGAACGCCCCCAUGGUUGCUGUUUCGUGUUCUCUGAAGAUACCUGGUUUUGGAUCUGUGCUAAAUGUGAUAAUCAUGCAGAAAUAUGUGGUGAAAAUGACCUGAAAGAAGCUUCUUGUAAGUCUGAGCUAUGGCUAAAAUUCUCCCAGAAAGUAACUCUUCUUCAACUUGGAAAAUUGACUUUUCUUUGGUCUGUUUUAGGAACACAUUUAUGACUUGUCUGAACAUUAUCACCAGAUGUGGCAGGCAGAAUAUUAGGAUCAGAUGGACUUAGGUUUGAUCUGCCUCACCAGAGAGAUGGUUCUACAGGGAUGGAAAUUAACUCAAUGGAUUAGUGGGAGUUUUUCACUGUAAAGGUUACUAAUAUGAUAAAAUAUGAAGACUUUGAAAUUAUAAUCUUUUAUUUGCCAUAAGCACAUUCUGUUGUUAAGGUUCAGUGACAAUGUAUAGGUUGGUAAAUUCGAAAAUUGUGUACAUUAUUCAUUACAAGAAAGACUUGAACGAUUGUGCCAAAUGUUUAUCGCAGCAAUUUGAGAGGGUAAACCGAUAGGGUGAUAGAUAAUUUACAGCUUAUGUCAAAAAAAGUUACAGGGCUAGUAGACAUAAUUUUUUAGCCCAAAGUAAUUUCGACUGGCCUUGGGCCUACGGUCAAGCAUUAAUUUCCAUCCCUUGUUUCUACAGUCAAUAUGCUGAUUUGUACACAGAACAAGAACAGAGCAUCGUGAUGCAGGAAACAUGGGAACAUUCUUGACGAACUUCUCCUUGACGCAGUUCAUGCCAUAGCAACCUAGAGAUUCAUUCAUUAUUCUUAUGAGUAUUUGCACUGCUGUGUAAAGUUUAAAAAGACAAAUUUACUAGAAAUAGAUUAUUUUUCAAAUUUUCAAUUGAAAAUCAUCAUCAAAGAGAGCAUUCUCAUAUCGUGAUCCCAGCUUCGAUAUAUUAUGCUAGGUGAUAGUUUGACAGCAACUGUAACUCAUAGCUUUAAUGAAACAUAGAUGGGUGACUUACUGUACGACAUGUAAAAUCUGUACAUAUUGUAUGCUUGUAUGCUAAUAUUGUGUGACGUUAUUGAGUUUGAAGAUGUAUGAUCCUGUGUUCCUGUAUAAUCUCUACAGUUUGCCAUAUCAGCUAGAUCUAACAUUUUAUAUUUUGUUUCUGGUGUCCAGUGUUCCUGCAUUUAGAUACUCCUAUGCUGGAUUGAGUAAUGGCAGUUGAGGACAAGCUAGGUGUGAUUUUGUUAUUUUUGCAUGCCGUGUUGGCGACAUGUUGAUAAUGUUUGUAAGUGCAAGGCUUCGAGUUCACUUUGUAGAAUUGCUCCUAGAUAAUGAAGUGUAUUCCAGAAUCUUUUUGGGUGCUGUGAUAAAGUUCUGCCCUGAAAGUGUUCCUUGUGUUGAAAAAGUAGAAUAUGGAUCCCAAAUGGGUCAUGCUUUUUGCGACUAACGGGAUUGGGUGGUCAGACUCACUGACUUGGUUGAUGCAUGUCAUCGAUCCCAAUUGCGUAGAUCGCAGCUCAUGAUGUCAAUCACUGGAUAGUCUGGUCCAGAAUCGAUUAUUUACAGACCGCCGUCAUAUAGCUGGAAUAUUGCUGAGUGCGGCGUUAAACAACAAACAAACAAAAGAAACAAAAACAUGUUUUUUUAAAGAGGUGAGGUAAAAUGGGGUUUAUGAUCCAACCACGAGCCUUAGAGGCGACUAUGAUGGGGGUCAGGGGGUCACAAUGGGUACUGAGUGGUGGUGGUAUUUGGCUGGAUGACCACAAUCGUCGAGGUACAACUGCUUUAAGUAAUGUUGACGCAUGGGAGUCGGAUCACUUAGAUUGUGUGAUACCAGACCCUUGAGUUCUGCUCUUGUUUUCGACAAAUGAUUUGCGAUGCGGGCUCAAUGACAGAUUGCAGUGAUACAGCUUUUCUAUUGCUCACUGUGGCAGUGUCCCUACAUUCACCAGCACACUCCCUCAUUGUCUAUCCCUGACCCACGCCCUUCAAUCACAAGACCAAAUGAAUACAUUACGACUCCCUACACAGUAUUGUACAUCUGACAUAGAUCAUUUUUAAUGGGGAUCUGACUGAUAGUUGUUGCGCUUUUUGGAAUCCAGAUGCCAGUAAUGACUAACAUAAAUGAUAGAUACAGACAAGAUAUCAAGUUAUUUAAGGACCACUACCUCCAUUUCUCUCCUAAAAAUGGGGGUAAAUAAAACACUUGCGGGAGGAAUGGGAGACCCAGUUGUCUAAGGAACAAUAAUUUGCUUUGCAGAGUUGCAUCCUUGGUUGGUCAGCCCACUGCUUGUGGGUUUGAUAAACAGAGGUGUUAACACCAACAGUUCCAAGUGGUGUUGAAGCCAACUCACUUACUCCUGAUUACCAAGAGAGUUUCAGUAUCUUGUUCCUCAGUGAUAAUCUCUUGUCACGUCUCACCCCCUCUGUGGUCUACUGGUAGAGCGUCUGCCCGGAGAGCGGAAGGUUGGGUGGUCGAUCCCUGGUCACGUCAUGCCAAGAGAGGUUAAAAAAUGGUACUUGUUGUCACCUUGCCUGGCGCUUGGCAUAAGGGGCUAAAACAAAGACUGGUGUCUCGGGUUCAGUAUACUGUGUCUGAGUGGGGUAGUCAUGUUAAACUGCAACAUGGUAUCUCAGUGGGCGAGCACUAUUAAAUUGACAUUAGCCUGGACUAGUACAAGCAGCACACACACACUCACACACGCCAUAUGCUAUAUAUAAGUGCAAUAAUAUUGAGCGUGACGUUAAACCCCAUUUCACCUCACCUUGUCACAUCUUGACCAUGCACAUGGUAUUGUCCUGACAUCCAGCUGGAACUAUUGUGUUACAUAGUGCUGAUAAUUAGCUUGAUUUUUGGGCAAAUCAUGUUGCUCCAUUUUCUAACAAAUUUUGUAGGAUUAUGUAAAUAAUUAAUCCAACUCAGUGUACAUAAUGUAACAGUUAUUUAAUGUAUUAGUUUCAAACAAUUACCUGAUCUAUGUGUGUUUGAAGAUGUGGGUGAUUUUCAGCCAGAAUGUGAUGACAUGUUGAUAGAAUACUGACUACAUUUGUUGGGGCAAUAAAACCUGAAACAAUCAGAUAAAACCAUCCUUACACCGUGUUUCUUUUAAUAAAUGUUUCAGAUUUCUUUUUCCUGAACCACAGGCCUUGUGGUUUGAAGAAAACUUCUUCUUUUUUUUAAAAGUAUAUUUUUAUGUGAUAUCAAAGAAUGUCUUGUUAGGAUGAAACAAAAAGGUUUACACCCCCUGUUCACCAAAUAAGAAUUGUUUCGUUUUUUCCUCAUUAAUAAACGUCUGGUUUGGGGGAUCAGUUAACCAAGUUUUGAAAAGAAUAAAUCAGUAGUUUAGCCUGAUAAGCCUUAGAACUUUUCAACCAUGUUAUAACACACAUGACUGCUGACAUGAGGUUUUGACGUAAGAACAGACCAUAUGCCUUCGUGCUUGCAAGGAAGGUCACUGUGGGAUGUGGUUGUGUCCACACACAAAGGUUGAUGUGGCUGUGGUUGCACGUAACAGUCAGUCGCUGUGGUUGCACAUACCUUGACACAGUUGAGCAAGAAGGUCGAUGUGGCUGUGGUUGCACGUAACGCACUACCUUGACACAGUUGAGCAGAAAGGUCGAUGUGGCUGUGGUUGCCCACAGCACAGUCAGUCGCUGUGGUUGCACAUACCUAGACACAGUUGAGCAAGAAGGUGGCUCUGGUAGCACGUAACACAGUCAGUCGCUGUGGUUGCAGACACCUUAACUUGGAAUGUGGCUGAACAAAGGUGGCAGAUAGUCAAAGAAGGUUAUCUGUUUGUAGGUUGGUAUCCAGCUGAGUCAUCACAGUUUGUUGUGGAUUCACAGACAUAAACAUCAAAUAUGUCACAUGUGAAGUGAAAACUGCUGUUAUAUCAUUGAAAAUACAUAACAGCGUAAAGCCCAAGAUGAGUCGCCCACUCAUGGCAAGGAAUGAAUGUCGGCACCUUGUCAAGAUUUCUCUUAGGUUAUCUGUGAUAUUUCUUAGGUCUGAUUACAGCACAGACAUUUGCACACUCAAUUAAACCCAAUUCUGACUGAAAAUAACUGGAUGUGUGUUUCACCUGAUGUGUAAUAUUUUCCUAGUAUAUAAUAUACUACUCACCAUUUGCUAAGAACCACACCUUUAAAUUUCUAAUUUGGUUCUUAUCAAAUGUUGAGUAAUAUAGAAAGUGCUUAUAUUUGUUGCAAUUGUUCAUAGCAUAUAACUGAGGUACUUUAUUCCUGAUGUUUAAUAAUUCCAUGAGUCAAGAAAUACAGUGGUUCUUUUCCACAA